UACACUAGCCUUCGGGCGUGACUGUCAAAUCUACAUAUUCUCCUCUCCCUCCCUCCUCUCCUCUUCCCUCCAUUCUCAGAGUUCCGCAGACCUCUAGUUCUCCGGAGAUUCGACUCAAUCGCCGAUCUCCAUCACACUCCUCCUCGGAAAUCCCUUGUCUUCCUCCUGUGCUAACAUGUUCCAGAUUUUCAAGGACUGCUUCUUUCUGACUUGAUCGAUUAAGCUUUUGACUCGGAAAAAAGAAUGGAGGGUGACAUAUUCUCUGGUCUAAACAAUGGUACAACACAAGUCGAUGGCAAGAUCUUGCAGACAUUUAAAAAGAGCUUCGUUCAAGUGCAGAACAUCUUGGAUCAGAACAGGCUUCUCAUCAACGAGAUAAACCAGAAUCACGAGUCCAAGAUCCCCGACAACCUAAGCAGAAACGUGGGUCUUAUUAAAGAGCUCAACAACAACAUCAAAAGAGUGGUUGAUCUUUAUGCUGAUCUUUCAAGCUCCUUCACGAAAUCCAUGGAUGUUUCAUCCGAGGGAGAUUCUAGUGGUGCUCUAAAAUCUGACGGGAAAGCGGGACACAAGCGACACAGGCCUGCAUAGUGUUUGCUUCUUUUUCCUUAUUAUUUUGCUUGGUGACUGAAGAGAUGCAGAACGAGCAAGCAACAACACAAAUUGCGUCGAGUUGAGGGUAGAACUAAGAUUAGAUUCUGUAUCUGAUACUCUGAUCUCUUGUUGUCAAGAAAAAUAGAAAAAGAUUGAUGAUUUUCCAGAAUCCCUCUCUCACUGUAACCUUGUAACUGUGGAUCUAAUGGAAAUUCCAGCAAUGUUUGUGGUACUACUAA